UGGUCGGUUUGCCCGAGGUGCGUAUAAGACAAGCAUAGCGAUUGGCGGAACAUUUCAAUCCGUGGAAGUGUUUAAAUAGCGUGGCGCAGCGCAUCGUGUGUUAUUCGUUGAUAUCAUUUUGUCAGCACCCAACCUACAACUUGAAAAUGUCUGGACGUGGUAAAGGAGGUAAAGUGAAGGGAAAGGCAAAGAGCCGAUCAUCCCGUGCCGGACUUCAGUUCCCCGUGGGUCGUAUCCACCGUCUGCUGAGGAAGGGCAACUACGCCGAGAGAGUCGGAGCCGGUGCCCCUGUGUACCUGGCCGCCGUUCUUGAGUACUUGGCCGCUGAAGUGUUGGAGUUGGCAGGCAACGCAGCCCGUGACAACAAAAAGACCAGAAUCAUCCCCCGUCACCUGCAGCUGGCCAUCCGCAACGACGAGGAGUUGAACAAACUUCUGUCCGGCGUGACCAUCGCCCAGGGUGGUGUUCUGCCCAACAUCCAGGCCGUGCUCCUCCCCAAGAAGACCCAGAAGCCCGCCGCCAAGUAAAAAGUCAGCUCUGCCGACUUUUUUGUCUAUACCAAACGGCCGUUUUCACGGCCACCCAUAUUUUUCGAAAAGAUGCCUCUAUAAUAUGCAGUGUACAUGCACAUAAGCAUUUAUAUAAAAAGCACACGUAGAUAACACGCUUCUUAGAUUAUCGAGACAACGGUAUAUAUUAGCGUGCGUGCAGUUGCUUUCAAGAAAAAAGAAACACACACAUAUUAAUUUAAAACUGUCUGUGUUCAAUAUUUUGAUUCCGAUUUGCACAUUCUAUUUGUAUUUCGAUUAAUUUCAUUUCUAUUACGCUGUCAAUUAAUACCAUCCUCGUCCCUGACUGCAUGUAAUCAACGUUUUCCCCGAUUUAAUUUUGUAAAGGAAAUCGCCAGACUUAAAAAGAGAGAGAGAGAGAGAGAGAGAGAGAGAGAGAGAGAGAGAGAGAGAGAGAGAGAGAGAGAGAUAAAUAAAUAAAAAAAAUAAAUAAAUAGACACUUGGCGCAUAUAGAUGAUACAGACUAUGGAGAAAUUCACGUGAAUGUUCGCACAAUUUGCGUGCUGUAUAUAUAUAACCAGGUCGUUAAUUAAUUAACAUUUCUAACUCAACUGAUUUUGUGUGCUUGGAUAACGACUUGUCGUAUAAAAGGAAAUAUACAAUUCUAGGUUUCUGUGUUUAUAUAACUGAAGUGUUUGAAACCCAUUGAUAAGAAACGUAUAUAUAUAUAUACACACAUGCAUACUCUGUCACAUAAAUGUUAAAUUAUUACGAUUCAUAUGUACUUAUACUCGAUGAAGUGCUACUGUGAAUGAUACAUUUAUGUCAGAGAUCAAUGAUAUUGAAAGCUAGGGGUGAAUAUUGUAUAAAUUGUAUGUGCAUUAAUUUCGAAAUCUACAUCUGUAUAGGCUUAUGGAUAUAUC